AUGCCUAAGGGUAUCGUCUCUCGACUGGUCAAGAGGAAAAUCCCCCACGUUCAAGCUCUCAACAGCCAAGCGCUUCACACCAUUUCAUUCACCACUGGACCCAUCACACUCAGUGUAUCUGGCAACCACACUGAAACCAUCUCCUUCUAUAUUCUGGACUCCCCCCUCGCAUCCAUUGUUUUAGGACACUCCUGGCUCAUUAAACACAAUCCCAAGAUAGACUGGCGGCAGAGAUCAGUAUCAGAGUGGAGCAGUAAAUGUCAUGAGUCCUGUCUUGUGUCUGCUUGUCCGUUUGUUUCUGUCUCUUCGUUUCAGGAGGAAGCAGUGGAUUUGUCAAACGUGCCCACGGAGUACCUAGACCUGAAGGAAGUGUUCAGUAAGUCUCGUGCUGCUUCCCUCCCUCCGCAUCGUCCCUAUGACUGUACUAUAGAGUUACUGCCAGGUACGUCUCCGCCUAAGGGCAAGUUAUAUUCACUUUCUGUUCCAGAAAGAGAGGCUAUGGAGAAAUAUAUUUCUGAUUCUCUAGCAGCGGGGUUCAUCCGUCCUUCCUCUUCUCCAGCGGGGGCGGGGUUCUUUUUUGUGGGGAAGAAGGACGGAUCCCUGCGACCUUGUAUUGACUACCGGGGGCUGAACAGCAUCACGGUAAAGAAUACUUAUCCUUUGCCACUGAUGUCUUCAGCCUUCGAGAGGUUGCAGGGAGCGUCGAUCUUCACAAAAUUGGAUUUACGUAAUGCUUAUCAUUUGGUCCGCAUUAGGAAGGGGGAUGAAUGGAAGACUGCUUUUAAUACCCCCAGGGGGCACUUUGAAUACUUGGUCAUGCCUUUCAGCUUGUCCAACUCCCCAGCAGUCUUCCAGGCACUCGUCAAUGACGUGCUGCGAGAUAUGGUCGACCAGUUCAUGUAUGUCUACCUGGAUGACAUUUUGAUUUUUUCUUCUUCUCUCCAGGAACACGUGCAGCACGUUCGACGAGUGCUUCAGAGGCUUUUGGAGAAUGGGCUUUUUGUCAAGGCGGAGAAAUGCGCUUUUCAUGCACAGUCGGUUCCUUUCUUAGGGUACAUUGUGUCGUCAGAGGGGAUGCGUAUGGAUCCUGAGAAGGUUAAGGCUGUGGUGGAUUGGCCAAGUCCGGAUUCCCGUAAGGCCCUACAGAGGUUUCUGGGGUUCGCCAAUUUUUACCGGCGGUUUAUUCGCAAUUUCAGCCAACUAGCCUCGCCUCUGAUCGCCUUGACCUCUCCCAGAACUACGUUCAGGUGGUCAGACGCAGCUGAGGCUGCGUUUGCCAAACUGAAAGGCCGCUUUGUUUCAGCCCCCAUCCUGGUUACCCCUGAUUUUUCACGUCAGUUCGUGGUGGAGGUCGAUGCGUCAGAGGUGGGGGUAGGUGCAGUGUUAUCCCAACGUUCUCCUUCUGACGACAGAAUGCAUCCGUGCGCGUUUUUGUCUCACCGUUUGUCACCCGCCGAACGUAAUUAUGAUAUUGGUAAUAGAGAGUUGUUGGCAGUCAAGUUAGCGUUGGAGGAAUGGCGUCACUGGUUAGAAGGGUCGGGGGUACCCUUUAUCGUCUGGACCGACCAUAAGAAUCUGGAAUACAUUAGAACCGCUAAAAGAUUGAACUCUAGGCAGGCUCGGUGGGCACUUUUUUUCGGACAUUUUCGGACAUUUACUCUCUCGUACCGCCCGGAGCAAUGGUCAAACAGAGAGCGCCAACCAGGAUCUGGAGAGAGCGUUGCGAUGUCUGGUCUCCAAGAAUCCUUCCUCAUGGAGCCAACAACUGUCAAUGGUGGAGUACGCCCACAAUUCGUUACCAGUAUCAUCCACGGGCCACCAAUUUUUCCUAGUCUGGAGUCCGAAGUCGCGGUCUCCUCCGCUCACGCUUUCGUCCAGAGGUGUCGUCACACUUGGACUAGAGUCCGUGAGACUCUACUCCAAGCGGGAGCGCGCACCAAGGCCAAGGCCGAUCGCCACCGGUCGAGACCUCCCGUAUACGUCGUCGGUUCCAAAGUGUGGCUUUCUACCAAGAACAUUCCUCUCCGCUCCAUUUCUAAUAAACUUGCUCCCAAAUUCAUUGGCCCGUUCACUGUCACCAAGAUCAUUUGUCCGGUGGCAGUCCACCUCAAUCUUCCUCCAGUGUACAGGAGAAUUCAUCCCGUGUUUCAUGUAUCCAAAAUCAAACCCGUAUUUCAUUCUCGCAUUAAUCCGCCAGCCCCGGUUCCCCCACCGCCGCGACUCGUAGAAGGGGAACCCACUUAUUCGGUUGACCGUAUUCUGGACUCUAGGCGGAGGGGACGCGGAAUCCAGUACUUGGUGGACUGGGAAGACCAACUGGCCCCCAUCAUCACACAGAUCUUUAACAGAUCACUGGAGCUGUGUGAAGUUCCAGCCUGCUUCAAACGCUCCACAAUCAUCCCGGUCCCCAAAAAACCCUCCAUCUCUGGACUAAAUGACUACAGGCCUGUCGCCCUGACAUCUGUAGUCAUGAAAUCCUUUGAAAGACUGAUUUUGGCCCACCUGAAGGACAUUACAGGCCCCUUGCUGGGCCCCCUGCAAGACCCAUCUGACAAACUCCUGAAGUUCGCUGACAACACAACUGUCAUCGGCCUCAUCCGGGACGGUGAUGAGUCGGCCUUCAGAUGGGAGGUUGAUCAGCUGGCUCUCUGGUGUGGUCAGAACAACCUGGAGCUUAACAAGCUCAAAACUGUGGAGAUAACCGUGGACUUCAGGAGGAGCCCCCCCACUCAGCCCCCCAUCACCAUACUCAACAGCCCUGUGUCUGCUGUGGAAUCCUUCAGGUUUCUGGGUUCCACUAUAUUCCAGGACCUGAAGUGGGAGCCCAACACUGACACCAUCAUCAAGAAGGCCCAGCAGAGGAUGUACUUCCUGCUCAACCUACCUACGGAGCUGCUGAUACACUUUUACACAGCCAUCAUCCAGUCAGUUCUCUGCACCUCCAUCACUGUCUGGUUUGGAUCUGCCACCAAAAAGGACAGGAGCAGACUACAACGGACAGUCAAGACUGCAGAAAAGAUCAUUGGUGAUCAUCUGCCAAACGCUGACUCUAGUGUCUGUUUACCCGUUUACGCCUGUCUGCCGCCUGUAUUCACUGACCUCACGCCUGUCCCGCUACUAUUGUUUGUUUACUGCCUGCCCUGA